AUGUCCCUCCAGCCGCUGGACGAGAAUGUCAAGCGUCAGGACAUUGAGCAUGUGACUCCCGCCGCUGAGAAUCUCACAUGGAGAUACUAUUUUUGGGAUGCCUGGGACAAGUCACCAGAGGCAAGAAUGGACUUUUUGAACCCGCAGCUCGACCUGACCUUGAUGACCUUUGGCUGCCUGGGGACGUUUAUCAAAUACAUUGAUCGGUCCAACUUGAACUCCGCAUUCGUUUCUGGAAUGAAAGAAGACCUCUCACUAUAUGGCAACCAACUGAACUACGCAAACACGGCUUAUGCCGUCGCCAAUAUUAUAGGACUAUGGCCGUGCAAUCUUCUCCUGACGCGUUCGAAUCCCAAAUGGUUCAUCCCAGCCCUCGAGGCUGCGUGGACCUUGUGCACCUUUUGCCAAGCAGCAAUGAAGACUCCCACCCAUAUGUACGUGUUGCGGGCGUUACUGGGCAUCUUCGAAACAGGUCAUUACUCGGCAAUGGUCUAUCUGUGCGGCGCAUGGUACCAGAAACGGGAACUCGCCCGGAGGCUAGCUAUCAUAAACUGCGCAACGGCGAUAGGUCCAAUGUUCUCGUCCUAUUUACAAGCAGCCGCCUACACCGGCCUGAAUGGAGUUCAUGGCAUGGCUGGGUGGCAAUGGCUGUUUAUCAUUGACGGAGUCAUCUCAGUCGGGGUCAUCAUUCCCCAGGCUAUAUUCUUUCCCGACGUGCCUGCACGCCAAAAGCCCGAUCUCGUCUUUACAGAAAAGGAAAUUGAACUCGCUCGCGACCGCAAUCCGAAAGAGGGCAGAGUGAAGCAGGGUAAAUUUACUAUGAAACAAGUCAAGCGCUGGCUCCUGACCCCCGACAUUUGGUUACUCUGGUGGAUAUCAGUAAUGUUCACAAACAGUUGCAAUUCGGUCGGCCAGCAAGUUUCAACUUCCAUGUCCUUCUGGCUCAAAGCCUGGAACACCAUCAAACCUGGCUCAUACACUGUUGCUCAAAUCAAUAACUACACCACACCCAUCCAAGCUGUUACCGUGGUGGCCACGCUAUUCAUGGCCUGGGGAAGCGACACCUGGCUCAAUGGUCGAAGGUGGCCCAUGCUAGUGCUUGGAGGUGUGGUCAAUGCAAUUGUUUGCAUCCUCCUGGCCGCCACACCUGUAUUCCCGCACAAUCGAGCAUUCCGAUGGUUUCUGUACUACAACUCUGGAUGGGCACAGGCCAGCAACAGCAUGUUCUGGGCGUGGACGCAAGACACUUUGGCUGGCGACCCUGCCACUCGAGCCUGGGCUUCGGCCGGCCUGAACGUGUGGGCCUGGACGGCCAUUGCCACGGUCCCCUUGGGGCUCUUCAAGACUACGGAUCAACCUGCCGUGGUUGCCGGUAAUUGGACCGCGGCCGGGUUCUUGUUCCUUCUUGCCGGUACAGCGGUAGCCCUGGCCUACCUACAGCAUGUCCGGUCUCUACGCCAGGGCGACGAUGGCGAUGAGAGUUCGACGGAGAGGAUCUCCAGUUCCGUCGAGGAGGAAUUGCCGAAAAAUCCUAGAGUGUCGGUCGACCGGGCGUAA